CAGACCUGAUCACGUGCCUGGAGCAAAGGAAAGAGCCUUGGAAUGUGAAGAGACACAUCACAUUAGUCAAACCUCCAGUUACAAAUUCUCAUAACAAUGAGGACCUUUUGCCCGCGGAGAACACAGAAGAAUCACUCACAAAAGCAACAUUGGGAAGAUAUGGAAGAUAUGGCUGUAAGAAUUUACAUUUCGAGAUUGAUUGGAAAAGUGUGAAUGAGGAUGAAGGGCAAAAAGGAUGUUAUUUUGUACAUGAUCAUUACAACUCUAACAAAUAUGGGAAGGACUUUGAUCAGCACUCCAAAUUUAUUGUCCACCAGAGUAUCCAUAUUCCAGCAAUGGCUUGCAAAUAUAAGGAAUACAGCAAAACUUUUAACCAGUCCACAAAAUGCACUCAAUAUCAGAAAUUUGUUAAGGGAAAUUCACACAGAUGUAAUAUAUGUGGGAAAGUGUUUAGUAAAUCAGCAAAUCUAAAGAGUCAUAAAAGAAUCCAUACUGGAGAGAGACCCUACAAAUGUGAAGAAUGUCACAAAACCUUUAAUUUGUACUCAAGUCUUAUUCAACAUCAGAGAAUCCAUACUGGAGAGAAACCCUAUAAUUGUAAAGAAUGUGGGAAAGCCUUUCGUUCUCAUUCAGGACUUGCUGGACAUAGGAGGAUCCAUACUGGAGAAAAACCCUACAAAUGUGAAGAAUGUGGGAAAGCCUUUCGCUCUCAUUCAGGACUUGCUGGACAUAGGAGGAUCCAUACUGGAGAGAAACCCUACAAAUGUGAAGAAUGUGGCAAAGUCUUUCGCUUUCAUUCAGAACUUGCUAGACAUAGGAGGAUCCAUAAUGGAGAGAAACCCCACAAAUGUGAAGACUGUCACAAAACCUUUAAUUUGUGCUCAAGUCUUAUUCAGCAUCAGAGAAUCCAUACUGGAGAGAAACCCUACAAAUGUAAAAAAUGUGAUAAGGCCUUUAGCUGUCAUUCAGUACUUGUUCGACAUACAAAGAUCCAUACUGGAGAGAAACCCUACAAAUGUGCUGAAUGUGACAAAGCCUUUCGCUCUCAUUUAGGACUUACUGGACAUAGGAGCAUUCAUACUGGACAGAAGCCCUACAAAUGUAAAGAAUGUGAGAAAGACUUUCGCUCGCGUUUAGGACUUGUUGGACACAUGAGGAUCCAUACUGGAGAGAAACCCUAUAAAUGUGGAUGUGGCAAGGCCUUUCGCUGUCAUUCAGAACUUGCUAGACAUAGGAGGAUCCAUAUUGGCGAGAAACCCCACGAAUGUAAAGAGUGUCACAAAACCUUUAAUUUGUACUCAAGUCUUAUUCUACAUCAGAGGACCCAUACUGGAGAGAAACCCUACAAAUGUAAAAUAUGUGACAAAGCCUUUAGCUCUCAUUCAGUACUUGCUCGACAUACAAAAAUCCAUACUGGAGAGAAACCCUACAAAUGUGAAGAAUGUCACAAACCCUUUAAUCGGUACUCCCAUCUUAUUCAACAUCAGAGAAUUCAUACUGGAGAGAAACCCUACAAAUGUAAAGAGUGUGACAAAGCCUUUCGUGCCCAUUCAUUACUUGCUCGACAUACAAAGAUCCAUACUGGAGAGAGACCCUACAAAUGUGAAGAAUGUCACAAAACCUAUAAUUUCUACUCAAGUCUUAUGCAACAUCAAAGAAUCCAUACUGGAGAGAAACCCUACAUAUGUCAAGAAUGUGGCAAAGCAUAUCGCUCUUAUUCAGGACUUUAUGGACAUAGGACCAUCCACACUAGAGAGAAACCCUACAAAUGUGCAGAAUGUGGCAAAGCCUUUCGCUCUCAUUCAGGACUUACUGGACAUAGGAGCGUCCAUACUGGAGAGAAACCCUAUAAAUGUAAAGAAUGUGGCAAAGUCUUUCGCUCUCAUUCAGGACUUUAUGGACAUAGGAGCAUCCAUACUGAAGAGAAACCCUACAAAUGUAAAGAAUGUGGGAAAGCCUUUCGCUCUCAUUCAGGACUUUACGGACAUAGGAGCAUCCAUACUGGAGAGAAACCCUACAAAUGUAAAGAAUGUGGGAAAGCCUUUGCAGAUUACUCAUAUUUCACUGUACAUCAAAGAAUCCAUACUGGAGAGAAACCCUACAACUGUGAAGAAUGUGGGAGAGCCUUUCGCUUUCGUUCAGAACUUGCUAGACAUAGGAGGAUCCAUACUGGAGAGAAACCCUACAAAUGUGCAGAAUGUGGUAAACCCUUUCACUUUCAUUCAGGACUUGCUGCACAUAUGACCACCCAUACUGGAGAGAAACCUUACAAAUGUAAAGAAUGCGGCAAAGCCUUUCGUUUUUAUUCAGGACUUGCUGGACAUAGGAGGAUCCAUACAGGAGAGAAACCAUACAAGUACGAAUAAUGUGUCAAAACCUUACACUUCCAUUCAGGACUUGCUGGACAUAGGCGAAUCCAUACUGGAGAGAAAUCCUACAAAUGUGAAGAAUGUUCCAAAGUCUUCAAUCAGCACUCACAUCUUACUCAACACCAGCGAAUCCAUACUGGAGAGAAGCCCUUCAGAUGUAAAGAAUGUGGCAGAACCUUUCACUUUUGCUCCAACUUUUCUCAACAUCAGAGAAUUCAUACGUGAUAAAUUUCUUGUACUUGUAAUGACUAUAGAAGCACAUUUAUUAAAAUAUAAGCCAUAGAGCACAUAUGGAGAAAAGCUUUACAGCUGAA